UUAGGUUGGUGAAUGGUGAGAACUCAUGUUCUGGACGAGUGGAGGUUCUUUAUAAUGGAACAUGGGGAACAGUGUGUAAAGAUUCCUGGGACGCUACUGAUGCUGCAGUGGUGUGUAGAGAGGUCGGAUGUCCGAUUGGUGGUGAACCAAAAAUAUAUACUUAUUUUGGACCUGGUGUGGGAACAAUAUGGAUGGAUGAAGUUCAGUGUACAGGGUCUGAAUUAUCACUUAAGAAGUGCAGAUUCAAUGGAUGGGCAUUAAACAACUGUAAUCAUUCAUCUGAUGCUGGAAUCAUCUGUCGAGAUGUUCGAUUGGUAAAUGGAGCUGAUGUGUGUUCUGGAAGAGUGGAGGUUUUAAAUAAUAAUCAAUGGGGAACUGUCUGUGAUGCUGACUGGAAUUUAACAGAUGCUGCAGUGGUGUGUAAUAGCAUGGGUUGUGGGACUCCAAUUGCAGCACCGACUGGGGCUUUCUUUGGGCAGGGUUCAGGAUCUGUGUGGCUGGAUGAUGUGAUAUGUUCUGGGAAUGAGGUAACAUUGAAAAAUUGUUUAUCAAAUGGAAUCGGAAAAAGCAGCUGUGGUCAUGAACAAGAUGCUGGAGUCGUCUGUCGAGAUAUAAAGGUGGUGAAUGGCACAAGUCCGUGUAAUGGCAGACUUCAGGUUCUUUAUAAUAAUCACUGGGGUGGAGUGUGUCACACUGCCUGGGGUCCGGAAGAAGCUACAGUUUUGUGUAGUGAGCUUGGCUGUGGUGAAGUUGCAGUGCCACAGGCAUAUGUGGGUCCAUUUGUUGGGCCAAUAUGGAUGGAUAAUCUUGUAUGUACUGGAAAUGAGUUGAAACUGCGAGACUGUUCAUUUACUGGAUAUAAUAUUAGCAGUUGUGUGAAUGGACUUUACGCAGGAGUUGUUUGCAUUAGAUUUGUGAGAAAAGAUGUGGUGAGGAUUAUGGUUACAGCUGACGCUGACAUCAAUGUCAAUGACCUAAAUAUCAUGGAGAUGCUAAUAGAUAAGAUAAGGAAAGUGGUUAAAAAUCGAGGAAAUUAUUUUGCAAACUGGAAAAAACAGCGUGAUAGAAUGGUAUUUCACCAAACAGCAAAAUAACAGGUCCUUUCUAAAUUCAAGACAGAAAACACACAACUCAUUAUAAUAAUAUAUUGGUAAUCUCUUUAUGUUGUUAGCCUUUCCUUCAUACUCCAUACAGAUGCAUCGCUUUUAAAGUACUAAAUCAGUUCCUUUAUUGAUACACGUUCAAAGCACGCCAGGGGCAUUAUAAUCUGUUGCUGGCACAAUCCAUUUCAUAGUCGCUCCUGGCUGUCCCUGCCUGCCAAAAUGGCGAUGUAACCAGAACGUCCGGAACUUUAUAUAAAUCCUCACUAGGAAAAUCCAUCUGUUGAGAAUGUUGAACAUCAUUAAUGCAUGGUCUUAAAUAACUUAGAGAAUCUCUUACCAAACAUAAUUUGCUGUGUGUGUAAAAUAAUAUUGUGAGAAUACUCUGUACAGGUUUGUGCACUUAGGAUCAGAAUAAAGAGAAAUGUAAAAUUAGACGUAGGCUAUAAACUAUAAUUGUAUCAUAUGCAAUGUAAUGUAAUUUAAUGACACUGGAUGGCAGUAUAAGCUUAUGAUAUUGGAUAACACAGCUUUAAAUAAAGAGAAAUAAUUCAUUAAUAUGUCUGAGUGUGUUUAUUGUCACUGGACAAUGUCAGGGGUGGGAUAAAAUUAAGUAGAUUACUGAUUUAUGAACAAGGUUAAAACAUAGCAAACCUAUCUAGCACAUUUUAAAGUAUGUCUGAGGGUAAAAUAGUUUGUGGCAUCUUCUUAGUUUAAUAUCCGGUCAGUUUUAAAGAUUUACUUUAUAUAAAUGAAUUAAAUCUCUAAAAUAUAUCUAGACACAUCUAAAAUGGUAGCAUAAUUUAUUUUUUUAAUUCUAUAAAAUUUAAAUAUUUUGUAACAAGUAUGUCUGAAUAAAUAAUUUAACCUCUUAGUUACAAUAAAGUUCAGGAACUCAAAUACUGUGUUUUACUAAAUAGGAAAAAUCUGGUUAGGAUGAUUAAAAAAGACCCAGCUGAAUUACACAUCCCAGGAUUAAAUUAAAUUAGAAAAGUAAAUACAAAUACAAAAUUUCCAUCACUUAGCUGACUGUCUUUUGUUAGUCCUUUGUUAGUUCCCCGCUCAGGCCUUAUAGAAACAUGAAUAAUCCAGAAAAAGAGAUAAAUCCCAAGGUUGUCCUUAAAAGUGUUGAAGGAAAAAUCUGAGGUGUAAAGUACUUAAGUAAAUGUACUUCGUUACUGUACUUAAGUAUUUUUUGGGCUACUUUGUACUUGUACUGAGUAUGGAAAAGUCUACAGAUGGAAAGUAGCUUUAUGCUAAAUCUGGUGCAGCCAUCUUUUUAAUGUAACUGCACAUUGUCCUGAAUAAACAAACUCAAACUCAAAAAAUAAGCAACUUUUACUCUCUACUCAAUUACAUUUUUGAUUGGGUAUUUGUACUCUUUACUCCACUACAUUGUUUAUUCGUCAACGAAGAAAAACGAGACGAAAGUGUCAGAGGGUGAUGGAUAGAAUCUGUGGUCGCGAGGUUAGACGCACACACACAACAGAGGGGCUUCAUGUGGCGCUACGCAGGGCAAUCGUAUGAAAUCAAAGUACUGCGAGAGCGAAUCAAAUGCAUAUGGAGAAGUCUGGUCUCGCGGUACUUUGAUGUCAAACGCUGAAUGGCUUGCGUUGAGCCACCGUAUAGCGGGACAUCUGCGUGCUGCGUAUGUCAUAAACUGUUGAGAAAAGUUCGCGUCUGGUCUGAGAGAAGAGAUAAAGAGCAAACAUAUGGAUGCAUAUCACAUUUGAUUCUGUCAAGGGACCCUUUGUUAAACUUGAUGAACGUGAUGCUACAAUCAAAACAAAAGUGAAGCGCGAUUGCAGGAGGGUCAUCCCGCAACUCAAAGGCAAGCACAAAUGUUUUAUAUACUGAUGUUUUUCAGCUAACCUGAGCUGGUGCAUAACCUAACUUGAUAUAACUUACUAUAUAUGCCUAAAUAAACCAGCGAUGUCCUGUACUGAUUGCCUGAGUAACUUAAGUACAUUAUAAGAUUGAUAAUAAGUGUACAAUUUCACUGUCCUCACAUUUAAUCAAGUAUGCUGUAAUGUAUUUACCGUAAAGAGGGAAGCAUGACUGGAGAAAUGUAGUGCACUUAAUGUAAGAUAGUGGUGUUACGUCUACUACAUGUGUUUUCAAUUAAUCUUUCAAAUGAACAACUUCACGUUUUUAAUAUGCAUCAUAUUUUUGUUACUGUAUAUUAACUGUAACAACAUACACUGUAAAAAGUCAUUCUGCAGGCUUGUAGAUUUGAUGAAAUUGAAUAUGUAAACUUUAUUUAAUAAAAUUAAUUUCAUGUAGUUUGGUAUUUUUUUGUGUUAAAAUUCUUUAAAAAUGACUGGAUUUAGCUAUUCUUAUUGUGUAUCCGCGCAUGUAGCGAAUACUGAAUAAAUCCAACGUAAUAUUAAACCAUUCCGGGUUGUAUUGCAGGUCGUGAGCGCUGAGCAGACGGAUUUAGGAAAUAUUUCUGUUAUUGUGCCAAAAUUCAACGUUUUGAAAGCAUUUCAGUCGAGAAUGUAUGUUUUUUUAAACAAGAAUCUGCAGUAGGCUCAUAAAGAUAUCGCCUAUUUAAACAUUUCCUUCGAGUUUUGUGGCAAUGGGAGCUCCAGAUAAUCAGCGGGCACUCAACGCGCGUAAAUAUACCGGACAACGGCACCUCACCUCGGCCAGUCUCGCUGAAAAUCUCCGCUGGCUGUGAAGUCAAUGUAGUGUUUAAACUGUGGAUAAAAUUCAUUUUGGGUAAAUUUAACGGCCAAUCUUUAGUCUUAUAAGUCUAUAAACAGGGUUUCUUUGUAUAAUUUGUAAAUAUUAAUUACAAUAAGGAUUAAUAUGAACUGGGUUUGGACGUAACUUCAGCUUUAGGACCCAGGAGGUCCUACAUAGGAUGCAUUCCUCGAUUCGCAUGCUGCGAUUGGUGGUCCAGAUGCAACUAAUUUUGAGUGACAGAAAAACUGACCAAUCAUACUGUUCCUCUGAAUGGGUGGGUUCUCUUAUCACUAACUCUCAUAGAUAUGUAUCAUGUAUGUAUCUAUUAUGACAAAUUCUGCUCGCUCGCUCGCUUGGUUCGUGUUAUAAAGAUAAAUGUGACUUUACUGCGGUCUUUUUCGGUUUAUUUUGUUUUGUGUUAAUUAUAUCCACAAAGUAUUCAAAUAAAUUGGUAAUGUAAAACUAUUCUCCGCUGUAAAUUAAUUGUGUGCUCAAUUGCGACGCCCUGUGUUGAAUUUUCCCGCGGAAAACAUGAACCAUUUCUGACUGAAUUGUUUGACAAAGGCCUCUUACUGGAGUACAGUAUCAUUACUGAGGGGAAAUAUAACAUUAUUCCUUUAAUUCCACAAAAGGUGAGUAAGAUAUUAAAUGUAUAAGUUGUAUAAGCUUUCUACAUAAUGUAAAUUGAACAUUCACUAUUAUUAUUAUUAUUAAUUUCAUGACCUAUUAUCUAAAUUGUGUGUUCAUGAAGGCCUGUAACGUACUGCAGCUUCCUGCAGGCAACGUGAAACAUUGCUGAGGGAGAACUUUAUUCACAACAAAAGGUGAGGAAUAUUAUUAAAUAAAUAUAUUGUACAUAUUAUAUUGUGUAUAUAGUGUAUGUGUGUGUAUAUACACAUGUGAGUAACUUGGU